UUUGAGUGUCUGAAAUUCAUCGAAAGAAUGGAAGAGCUGCUUGGAAAAUAUUUGAUUCGUCGAUGACUCGAGUGAAGCCUUGGAAAGGUGAAAGGAAACCUUUGAGGUCCGUAAUAAAGUCGAGAAAAGAGAAAUCUUGGAAGGAGAAGAAAAGAGAAAGAGAGCGAGAGAAGGCACUGCAAGAGCUUCGUCUCCUUGCAGAGCGAGAACGAGCUGAAAAGCGAAAGCUUGAGAAAGAGGCUAGAGAACAGUCGCGAAAGCGGAAACUUGAGAACGAAAGGAAGUCGGAACAAGUGCAACUUGUUACAAAUCUGGCAAAACUAAAGAAAAUGCCUAAAAAAGAACUUCGUAAACUGCAAGUUCGAUGAAACAAGAACGGCUUGAUUUCCAGUAAAUUUCGGUAGUUUUUCUUAGAGAAAGAAGCUUUGUACAGUGAGAUUCCACAUAAACUUAUCACGCAUUGAUUUGUUAUCCAGGUGCCUGCAGCCUUGUUUUUGUUUCCUUUUUGUUAGCUUGGAUUGACGUAGUUACCCGAUAUUGUUAUUGAAAACUGAGCAAUAGUAUAUAUGUAUAUAUCAACCUCCUCAUAAAUCUGAUAAUUUCAAAAAACUU